GUUAAUGAAAUAUAAGCGACCAACCAUAAUCUGUGAAUGUAACAUCUUUCCUUUACAUGCAGCAAUUAAUAUGGUAGAUUUUGUGCUUUCAUUACAAGAACACACUGUGAAAUGGAUCCAAAACGUUAAGAUUACAAACAAAAAGAUUAAGAUGGUUUCAUUAAUUUACAACAUUUUAAAUUUAAUUUAAAAAGAGAGAGGAUAGAAAUUCAUCAGAAGGAGUCCACACAUGUCUCUCAGUGCAUGGGAGACCCCUGAGCUUAAUAAGUCUCAUUUGCUGCAGGAAAUUAUUGUAUUAAGGCUUAAGGUUUGCUGCGCUGCAUCACACAGUGCUGUUUCUGAAGUCUCAAUAAAAGACUUUAUUUGACCACUGAAGAGUAACUUCAUUUGGUUGAGUGACUGUCAAACGUCAGAGGUCACUUUCCCCUGUCUCCUCUCUCCCUUUCUGCUCCUCAUAUCUUUAUUUUCCAGCCCAGAGGAAUCCUGGCCGCUUCACCUCUUAUCAGGUGCCUUUAGCGACCCACAGAGAGCAGCCGUGGCCAUGUAAGGGACUGUGCUGGCCACCGCAGGCUAUUAUAGGAUGGUAGAAGAUAAGAUGGGCCAUACAUAAAACCCACCCCAGCAUCACACCUCAGCUGGGAGUCCACAUAACAAUCGUUCAGACAUGGCAAGUAAGAAGGCCUCCAAUAAGAGACAGAGGGGAGGACAGAAGUCUUGCUCCAAUGUCUUCUCCAUGUUCGAGCAGUCCCAGAUACAGGAGUUCAAGGAGGCUUUUGGCUGCAUUGACCAAGACAGAGACGGAGUUAUCAAAAAACAAGACCUGAGAGAGACGUAUGGACAGCUGGGGAAGCUGAAUGUCAAAGACGAGGAGUUGGAUGAGAUGUUGAAUGAGGGGAAGGGCCCAAUCAACUUCACUGUGUUCCUGUCUCUUUUUGGGGAGAAACUCAAUGGUACCGAUCCUGAAGACACCAUACUUGCUGCCUUUAAGCUUUUUGAUCCCAAUGGGACGGGCUUUGUCAAUAAGGAUGAGUUUAGGAGGUUACUGAUGAACCAAGCUGAUAAAUUCUCAGCAGAGGAGGUGGAUCAGGCCUUUGCUCUCGCUCCCAUCGACCCAACUGGUAACAUCGACUACAAGUCGCUCUGCUACAUCAUCACACAUGGAGAUGAGAAGGAAGAAUCCUAACAAGGGCCGCUAUCUGUGGUCAGGUCAUACAGGUCACCAGGCAGCCCGAUGAUGAUGAUGGUUGUCAUUCAAAUAUACGAAUGUUUGAUGGAAUAAUGUUGGGAUUUCUUGAUUCAUUCAAACUCAACUGUUCAAUGGUUAUAAAUGCUGCAGUUCUGCUGGUGUUAAAAACUGGCUGAUUUGUUUAUGAGAAUAAAGUGUUGGUUCCUCAAAAGCUUCUACGAUAAUUUCAAAUGCUCAUCCUGUUAACCAACACUGCACAUAGAUUAGGACUAAAAACUCAUUCUAAUCGCUGUGAGCCUAAAAGAAAAAUCUGAACAUUACCCACUGAAAAGCUCAGUAAAUAAAUAUCUGCUGAAAUCCUGUCUUUGGUUAUGUAAUAAAAAUGAUAAUAAUAAGUUUAACUCAACUCAGGAAAUAUGUAACUUGAGUUAGAAUCAUAUCCACAUACGACACUUCUUCUGUAUAUUGAGAGAUAAUGUAUGGGUAAACAUAAAAAUGUAUGUUCAAUGGCUGUUUGUACUGGUCAGUAAAAAACUUUAUGAUACAAGAUUUUCCACACGUUGCUUGUAAAAUCAUAUAGAACUAUUUCUAAAUGUUUUACAGUAAAGUAAAAUAAAGUAAAGUUACGUAAAGA